AUGGCACAAGUCGAUCCACAAUCUUACCAACAAGGCAGACCUGGUUAUCCCCCGAACUUCCAACCUCCGGCGAAUAUGCCCAAUAUCAACUUCGCGGCUCCUGUCAUUCGAUUAGGCGCAGCAGACCGCUCGGGCCCAGGUGGACCUCAAGAUAGAGACAGAGGUGGUCGCAGAGCUGGGUUAGGCUCGGGGCCAGACUACCGAGGGGACAGAGAGCGACCUCAGCCGAUACAACCGCAGACGAAGGAGGAGAUCAUCAGAACACUAUUUGUCGGAGGCAUUACAGAAGGAUGUGGUGGAGAUGAGGGCAUAGAGCGCAUUUUGAGAGCUCCUGGGGGUUUGAGGAGAUGGUUCAGAGCGACUGAUGCGGAAGAUAAGCCUUGCAAAUUCGGAUUCGCUGAGUACGAGGAUGCUGAGAGCCUGUCUACUGCAAUCGAAGUGCUAAAGGACAUUUAUGUACCCGUCAAACAACGUGCUCCGGACAGCACCGACGACACAGAAGUGGAGAAAUCACGUCUCCUGAUCGUGGCUGACGAGAACUCGCGGACAUAUAUCGAGCAAUACGAAGAAUCUCAAGGAGGAGUUGACACCAAUCAUAAGCAGAUGCUGAUAGAUCAAGCUCAAGAUGCGCUUCGAGCAGUUUUGGCUGACUUGGAAAACCCUCAAGCGCGACCCAAGGAACAACCAUCUGCCCUCGAUCCAGACGGAGAUAUCUCAAUGAGUGACGAGUCUAAGCAAAACGGCGAUGUACUUACAAUACAACUUUCAGCCGACGACGAGCUAGCAGACAUUCCUGCUGAAAUGAGAGAAACUGUUGCGAGAGAAAUCGCAGCGUUCCGAGAUCGAUCCAAUAGACGAGACCUAGAAAGGCUGAAGCGAGAAGAAGAGAUCGAACAACAGGAGAAAAGCCGUAUGAUGAAUGGGAGCCGAAGCAGGCUUGGUUCACCUCCUGCUACUGCACCAAGUGGCCCCAAUUCUUCCAGCAUACCCAGUGGACCACGUGGUGCAGCGCCGACUGGUCCCAAGGGACAGGCUUCCGGCUUUCCCAAGGACUAUGUCAGAGGUGUCACUUUCGUAAACGGCACUGGAGUCAGUGCUGCAUCAGCCUUUGACGACGACACGGACGCGAGUGAUGAAGAUUUAGAACGAAGAAGACAAGAGAAGAUUCAGGCGGAGAGUGAGAAAGAUUAUCUGGAUCAAGAACGAAGAUGGCUCAACCGAGAACGAUCCAGGAACGCAGCAGUUGAAAGAGAGAAGAACCGUGAUGAUGAAGAGGCUUCUCGAAAGGAUGCAGCAAAGGAGAUUAUGGCGAAGCGGUUGAAGGAAUGGAUUGAUGACGAGCAGGCUGCCAAAAAAGACGAUGAAUACUAUAGAGACAAAAGUCUGUGGACGCGCAAUCGAAUCGCUUUCCGACAAAGAGAAGCCGCACACGACGACGCCGAUCGAGCAGCCGAGCAGCGAGAGCAAGCACGAGAUCAGACUCAGCGAGAAAGAGCUGGUCAAAUGGCCGACGACUUCCUUUCUCGACAAGGAGACAUCCUAUCACAACCCUACGAGACCGAACCAUCUACACCUACCGACACGAUCCGACGAGAACCUGCUCGCUUCAAGAUGUCUCUAGGUGCAGCUGCUCAGCAACGACAAGCCGCGAAUCAGGCCGCCAAAGACACCCAGAGGCGGCCAGUGGCGGAUGUCGAGGGUAUGCUGGAGGACGAGGAGGGGGACUCUACUCAAGACCGUCGCAAACUCAUACCUAUCCCUGCUUCACAGCUUGAAGCUGCCAAAGCUCAGGCUCAAGACAUGACAGAUGAGGAGCGAGCCGAGGCUGCUAAGAACCUUGCCGCAGAGAUCCCUAAUGACAAGAGCGCAUUAUGGGCAUGGAAUGUACAAUGGUCAUAUCUCGAUUCAGACGUCAUUGAGGAGCGGUUACGGCCAUUCGUAGAAAAGAAGAUUGUGGAUAUUCUUGGUGUGCAGGAGGAGAUGUUGGUUGAUGUGGUGGUUACGGCGCUGAACAAUAAGAGACGACCAGAGGAACUGGCCAAGGAGUUGGAAGGUGCUUUGGACGAAGAAGAGGCUGACUCAUUGGUACGAAAACUGUGGAGGAUGGUCGUGUUUAUGAGUGAAAGUGGUAGACGUGGAUUGGGUGCUUGA